GUGGAAUUUGUAAGGAUAUUCUUGAAACUUGGAUUGAUUCAUAUGGAGAAGGGAAAACUAAAAGUAAAAAGAUCAAGAAUCAUUUGAAGACUCUUAAAAAUGUUGCAGAUAGUGCUUCAACAGCAGAUUACAUAUUUGGAGUAGUUGACAAAGGAAGUUGG